AUGUUGUUUCUACUUUUGCCAGUCGUUUUGUUAGCUCUCUUACGGAGCUCAGCGCAAACUCAAGCAAAGCCUCUAGAACCAGAUUCCUCGGUUGCCUACGCCACUUACAUCAACUUUGCUGAACAUGAUAUCCUCGACAACGACGAUGGCCUUCCCACUCACCCUCUGCUCACCGACUAUGGCAAAGUUACUUAUCCUAUCACCACCGACGGAAAUGGCCGAGAGCAGGUUGAGGCCCACCUAAGCUACUGGGAAGGCAAAUACUGGAUGUAUGCUGCUACCUGGGGCUGCGGAGGGUCUAUCUUCGUCUAUGGCCGAUUGACCGCUGAGGUCGCCAACGUGACGAAACCUCUCGUCAGGUACAGCAAAGCAACAGGGAAUUACGUCCUGUUCAUGGGAGGAAAUGCUCAUUCCAACUUUUACUACGCCACUUCCAAAUCACCUGGCGGCCCAUGGAGCAACCCGCCAUCUUUGAUGACAGGAGAAUACCUCACUCACGACUUCGACAUCGCUGUUGGCCCUGACGGCGCGCAUUAUAUCCUAACUGACACUUGGACUAGCGUUUCCGAGAUCCAAGCAACAGGACACUCUGUUCCAGUGUGGGAUAUUUAUGUGCAGAAGCUUGCGCCAAACUUGACCUCGACAGUUGGAACCAACAGUACAUCCAAGUUAAUUCGUACAGCCAAAGAACUUCUCAAACAAGGACUCAACCUUGAGGCGUGCGGCUUCUUUUAUCAUGACUCGUACUGGUAUCAGACCUACUCAUACACCUGUCAGAACUGCGCCGAAUACAUAUACUAUCUUUACGCGAAGGAUCCUCUUGGACCAUAUACUGAUGGUGGCUACCUUAGUCUUGACGGCUGCGGCGGCCAGAAUAAAGGUGCCAAUGUGCUCCCUUCUGCCAAGGGUCCCAUUGUUGUAGCCGGAAACCUUGCCUAUAGGACGAGCCCGACUGACCAUGUCGUCAACGGCGAAAUCUGGCAUGCGGAUAAUCACCAAGCGGCAUCCAGUACUUCUUUUUUCCCACUCGAAUUCAACGAUGACCACACGAUCAAAAACUUUACUUGUCCAGCCACUGUAAAGAUCCCACUGGUAAAGAACAUUACCUCCUCUCCCGAACCACCUUUACCUUAUCAACUAGACUGCCGUAUCCGCAACUGGCAGACGACAGUGCAACACUUCUCGCCAGCAAAGCAGGUUUCAACUUUGGAGUUUCCCGUGUGGCAAAGGACAGAUAACUUGGGACCCACAACCAACGCUGGUCCGGUACUCGAUGGUAUUCUGAACGUCACAGUGAGCUUUCUGGACAAGACAACCGAGACUUUCUCCUGGGUUCCGAGCAAUAUAUCUUGGGCACCUGCUAAGAUUUCUUUGGAUUUGCACGACAAGAAAUUAUCUUCUAUUGAGCUGAGCACCAAUGCUACGAAUGGUUGUUAUGGAACUCUUGCCCAGCCGCUCGUGGAUAGCGGAGUCCAGUAUGGAGUUAUUGUGAACAAGAAGCUGAAGGUUUCCGAGAAGGCACAAAUGUAUAUAUAUAAAUCGUAA